UUUAGGGAAACAAAAUGGCGCGAAGACAGAGGAAACUGAACCGCCGAAAAAUUGUAGCACCAAGCCGCGAACCGGGUUCGCCGCUUGUUUCUGCCACCACUAUACUUCUUUUGAUUUCCUCUCCGCCCAACCGGAAAAUCCUCCACACUUUAAAAAGAGUACAGAUACUGGGAAACAAAAAAGCGUCGAGCUAAAAGGAAACCGAACCGGCGGCGCCGCCUGUUCCGCCACCACCAGUACACCGACAUGGGGAAGCAGAAACAACAAGUCAUUUCACGCUUCUUCGCACCCAAACCCUCCACCCCCACACCCUCUCAACCACAAAACCCACCACCCACCACUCCGCCCAAAAUCACCACCACCGUCUCUUUCUCCCCGGCCAAACGCCGACGAAUUACCCAGCUCAAUUCCCCCCAUAGCAAACUCCCAAAACUCACCCACCCACCACCCACCGAUGAACCCAAUAUACCCCUACCAAAUCCCACCCUCCACCAAAAAUUCCUAAACAAACUUCUAGAACCCUCUCAAGACCUUCUAGAACCAUCCAGAAUCAGCAAUUCCACACAAGCCCCAAACCCUAAGUACACACCCUUAGAGCAGCAAGUAGUCGAACUCAAAGCCAGGUACCCUGACGUGCUUCUAAUGAUCGAGGUCGGUUAUAAAUACCGAUUCUUCGGCGAGGAUGCCGAAAAUGCAGCUAGAGUGUUGGGUAUAUACGCACACAUGGAUCAUAAUUUCUUGACCGCAAGUGUGCCGACUGUUCGAUUGCAUUUUCAUGUGAGGAGGCUUGUUAGUGCAGGGUAUAAAAUUGGUGUUGUCAAACAAACCGAGACCGCAGCAAUUAAGGCCCAUGGGGCGAAUAAGGUGGGCCCCUUUUGUCGGGGUUUAUCGGCAUUGUACACUAAGGCCACUUUGGAGGCUGCGGAGGAUUUGGGGGGCGGGACUGAAGAGUGUUCGUCGUGUAAUAAUUAUUUGUUCUGUGUUGUGGAGAAUGGGGCCGGAGAUAUGGACAGUGGAGCGGAUGUUAGGAUUGGAGCUGUGGCGGUCGAGAUUUCGACGGGCGAUGUUGUUUAUGGGGAGUUUGAUGAUAAUUUUACGAGGGCUAGAUUGGAGGCUAUGGUUUUGAACUUGUCUCCCGCUGAAUUACUUCUUGGAAGAGCCUUGUCUAAGCAGACCGAGAAGUUGCUCUUGGCAUAUGCUGGACCUGCCUCAAAUGUUCGGGUCGAACACGCUUCACAAGAUUUCUCACGUAGUGGUGGUGCUCUAAAUGAAGUAUUGUCACUCUACGAGAGCUUAACUGAAAGUAAAUCUGCCAAAACUCGAGGCAAUUACUUGGCAUUUGAGGGGAUUAAGGCUAUGCCUGACUUAGCUAUUCAAGCACUAGCUUUAACCACUCGUCAUCUGAAGCAAUUUGGAUUUGAAAGAAUUCUGUGCUUGGAAGCUUCGUUCCGUCUUUUCUCUAACAUCGCAGAGAUGACCCUUUCAGCCAAUGCACUUCAACAACUAGAGGUGCUGAAGAAUAAUUCCGAUGGGACUGCGUGUGGCUCUCUGUUGCAAUGUAUGAAUCAAACUCUGACCACGUUUGGUUCAAGGCUUUUGAGACACUGGGUGACUCAUCCUUUAUGCGAUAGAAACAUGAUACAUGCGCGUUUAGAUGCUGUUUCCGAGAUGGUAGAAUCUAUGGGUUCUACUAAAGCUUCUGAUAUUGAUAUUGAAGAAGGAAAUUCUGACAUCACAAUUGUGCAACCUGAGAUUCAUAAUGUAAUAUCGUCGGUUUUGUUCACGUUGGGAAGGGUACCUGAUGUACAGCGUGGAAUUACAAGGAUCUUUCAUCGAACUGCUACAGCAUCCGAGUUCAUUGCAGUUAUUCAAGCUAUUUUAGUUGCUGGAAGACAACUGUGUAAACUCGAUGUUGAAUUAGAGGACGACAAAAAAAACCCACAAGGGAGAACUGUGCGAUCUGUUCUAUUAAGAAAGUCGAUAUCGACAGCAUCAUCUUCCAGUGUUAUAAAGAGUGCAGCAUCACUUUUAUCGAAACUUAACAAAGAAGCUGCUGAUAAACAGGAUCUUCAGAAUCUUUUCAUUGUUUCCGAUGGAAGUUUCCCAGAGGUUGCUUCAGCGAGGAACAAAGUCCGCCUGGCAAAUAAGAAGUUAGAUCAGUUACUUCCUUUAUAUCGUAAAAAACUCCGGAUUAGAAAUCUAGAGUAUAUGAGUGUAUCUGGCGUCACACAUUUGAUAGAGCUUCCUGUUGACUCAAAUGUACCUUCAGACUGGGUUAAAGUAAACAGCACAAAGAAAACAAUUAGGUAUCAUCCGCCCGAAGUAUUGAGUGCUUUAGAUGAGUUAACUCUGGCAAACGAGGAGCUCACUGUUGUUUGUCGGGCCACUUGGGAUGGGUUUUUAAGGACGUUCGGCGGAUUCUAUUCCGAGUUUCAGUCCACUGUUCAAGCAUUAGCCACUUUGGAUUGCAUAUAUUCACUUGCCAUGCUUUCUAGGAACAAGGAUUAUGUUCGCCCCGUUUUUGUCAGUGACGAUGAGCCUGUUCAGAUAAAUAUCAGCCGCGGACGACAUCCAGUUAUGGAGAAUAUUUUGCAAGAUAAUUUUGUUCCGAACGAUACAAACUUGCACGCAGACGCGCAGUACUGUCAGAUUAUUACCGGGCCAAACAUGGGCGGUAAGAGUUGCUACAUUCGCCAAGUGGCUCUUAUAGCUUUAAUGGCUCAGGUUGGUUGCUUUGUGCCAGCGUCAUCAGCAAAACUGCACGUGCUCGAUGGAAUCUACACUCGUAUGGGAGCUUCGGACAGUAUUCAGAUGGGCAAAAGCACAUUCUUGGAGGAACUAAGCGAGGCGUCGCACAUUAUUCAACACUGCACAAACCGCUCGUUGGUAAUAAUCGAUGAACUUGGGAGAGGCACAAGCACACACGACGGUGUGUCCAUUGCUUAUGCCACGUUGCAUCAUCUUCUUGAGAGUAGGAAAUGCAUGGUACUCUUUGUUACUCAUUACCCUGAGAUAGUUGACAUCAUAAACGAGUUCCCUGGCUCCGUGGGACCACACCAUGUCUCGUAUUUGACACCACAGAAAGAGAAGGCUACGGCAACGGAUCACGAUGAUGUCACCUACCUUUACAAACUUGUGCCAGGUGUUUCUGAGAGAAGUUUCGGUUUUAAAGUUGCUCAACUUGCACAAUUACCGUCAUCGUGCAUUAGACGGGCUGUUGAAAUGGCAGCAAGAUUAGAAGCAGAAGUAUGCAAAAGAGAUAAAAACAAGGUGUUGACAAACUGUUCAAUGCACAAUAGUGAAUCAAAAGACGCUGACUUGGAAGAAAUUGAGAAAGCCUACAGAGAUUUAUUCUUUCACGUAAAUCUUUCGUUAAACGAAGAAGAAGACGAUGCAAGAAGGCUCGACUAUUUGAAGCAUUCUAAAUGCCUUGCACAAAAGCUGGUAAAUAGGUAAAUAGGCAUGUAUAUUAUAUUUCGAAGUUUUGCACGUGGAAUUUUUUUAUGGAUGCCGGCGAAAUUCGAAUACGUAAUCUUUCAUUUGGCCAGACUUUGGUACGAUGUAAAAAUACGUAUGUAUAUAUUUUUGAGCUUUUUUGGUCCUUU